AUGUCUACCGCCACGGAAGGAACCAAACAACUGCCGAGCUAUCUGACCGAAUCGCUGAUCAAGCGCUCGCUCGAAAACGAUCUCCAGCGGCCGGUGACGAUCGACAGUUUCACCGCCGGUCCGGCAACCUCUGCCGGGGACAACUACCUGAGCGACGUGUUCUGGAUACGCGUGCUGUACGAUGGUGGCGCGUCCGAGAAGCGCCUGCUGGCCAAAUGUAUGCCCGACGUCGGAGAUCGUGGCGCCACGCUGGACAUUCUCGACGCGUUCCGGAAGGAGUCGUCCACGUUUUUUGAGGUGCUGCCGAAAUUUUCGCGACUCGUCGCAUCGGGCGAACAGUUCGGGGCGAAGUGUUACUACGCCACCACCGAUCCCGUGCGCACGAUCGUGUUCGAGGACCUGAAGGCGAUCGGGUUUCGCAUGUGCGAUCGAACACACGGCGGCCUGGACUAUGCCCAUCUCGAGCUGGUGAUGCGAAAGAUUGGCAAGUUUCACGCCGCGUCCAUGCUGUACGCGGCCCAGAGUGCGGAUAACGAACGCCAGCUGCGCGAACGCUACUCGUACGGGUUCUACAACCCCCAGCAGAAGGUCGAGGAUUAUCCAAUAUUGGCCGUUUUUCAGACGGGUCUGGAAAAGUUUCUCUCCGUCGCCACCGGAUGGCCCGAGCUGGAGGCGGAAAUACUGCCCAAGCUGCAAGCGCUCCUUCCCACCUUCAAACAACGUAUCGCGGAUAGCGUGAAACCACAACGGAGCACUACGCGAUUUCACGUGCUGAAUCACGGUGACUUGUGGAGCAACAAUCUGAUGUUCCGGUACGACGACGGGGCUGUGCCGAGGGAGGUCAUGUUCGUCGACUACCAGCUAUCGUGCUACGGUAGCCCCGGUUUCGAUCUCGUCUACUCACUGUACAACUGUCCACAAGCCGACGUUCGCCUGACACUGCUCGAUGAUCUGUUAAAGGUAUACUACCGAUCGCUCUCGGAUGUGCUGCAAGCGGCCAACUACGCGUCCAUUCCGACAUUUGAGGCUGUCAGGCAGGAAUACGAAGAGUACGAGUUUUUCGGGCUUGUUUGUGCCGUCUCUAUGCUGCCAAUCAUCAUGAUGGAGCGCUCCGACGAUGUGGACAUUAGCUUCGAUGCGUUCUUCGACCAGAAACAGGCGGAACGCAUACGCGACAUACAGUACAACGGGACCCAGUACCGGGAAGUUGUUGUACCUUUGCUGCACAGUCUACAUGCCCGGGGCUACAUACAGUGAAUGUUUUCCUCAUUCAUUCCAUUGCGAAUUUAAUUUGAGUUUUUUAAUCUGUGUUAUGAUUGUCUAUUGAGCUGUGUUAAAAAUAUUUGGAGUUCUGUCGAAAUACAAAAUGAUCCAAAUUAGCGUUUCGCUGAUGAUAUGACAACGAAAAUCUAGUUGUUACAAAGCACACAAGAAAAGAUAAGUUUUCUGGAGGUUUAGACAAUUCUGAUUAGCGAGUACUCUUGUUUGAAAAACCAAGCAAUCCUAGCAAAAACUAGUUUUCGAGAAGUGAAUAGAAAACUGUUCCUGUGCUACUUUGAUCGAUUAGUACCUUUUAUUCAACUUGGUAACGCUGAAGCCAUCGCAUGGACUGCUUUGUGGAGUUGUCAAAGCCAAAAAUUGCGAAGAAAAGCAUGAUAAUUAAUCAUGCGGAAAUAAAAGUUGGUAUAACAGUUGGUGUUUACAGGGGCCUGUUCGAGGAUAAGAGAGCGUUAAGUGAAAGUUGUCGAUUAAAAUAUAUGGUGCUACUGAUAACCCUCCGGCCCGCACCUAUUUUGUUUCCUCUACUAUAAGAUUACG